AUGGGCGACCCGCUAAGUAUUGCCUCCAGUGUGGUUGCACUCGUAACCUUUGCCUUGCAAUCUAGUGUUGUGCUUUAUAGCACUGUCCGCAGCUUUCAGAGCCAAGACAGAGAUGUCCGGGCGCUAAAAGGCGAGCUCAAUGACCUCACUACUGUGUUGGAGUGUCUACUAGAUACUGUGACUAAUCAUCCUGAACUUGACUUUGCGGCUCUCAAAACUCCCCUCCAUCGCUGUGGAAAGGCUUGCGAGGAGUACGGCGACAUUAUUACACGAUGUACAAAACACUCGACAGGCUCCCGGCCUAGUAUCCGGGACUGGAUUACGCAGAAAUAUCUUCAAGGAGAUAUAGACGAUUUUAGGGCUAUGCUGGCUGGGUAUAAAUCUACCAUCAACAUAGCUUUGGCAAACGCAAAUAUUCAUGCUGCUGCCAUAACCCCUAAAGCCCUCGAAGACUACAAGGAUUUGAUCUCCGAUACAUCUAACGAUCUACAAGAACAUAUGCGGACCGUCGAGGCGAAAUUCCAGCUCCUGCUUAACAAUAACGAGGCAAAAGGAAAAGUGACCGAUGCCUCAGAGUGGGAAGCUAUACUUGAGGAGAAGGCUAGUACCCAGCAGGGUCUCAGCAUUUGCGCUCAAUUAUCAUUGCAGAUUGAGCAAUUUGGAUCAACAACAAGGGAAUCCCCUGGUUUUAGCGAUCGAUCAUCAGCACACAAGCUCAUAAGAUCAGGUCUUAACUCGGCAAAAGGGUCGAUUCAGUCGCUGGUGACGCGAUUGCAGAUCCACGAGAACGAUAUAGAGAAGCAGCUUGCGGCUCUUAUUUCAUCCACUCACGAUUCCGAGAACAACAUAAGUCAGCUUACACAGCUUCAUCAGACAAAGGAUAGCUUGCGUCAAUGUAUCGAGAUUGUAUCUGGCGCAAGCGAAACUUUGAUGGAUCAGCGACGGAACGUCUUCGAAGAUAUCACUAUGGCUGAUGAUAGCUAUGAUUUCUCUGUAUCGACUGUAGGAGACCUUGUGACAGCGAGGCGCCUCACUCUGAAAGGGCGUUCACGGCACGUCGGUGGACAAAUAUCGGAUGAGAGCUACCAGAGGACAAUUGAUGCUAUCACUAGAUUGGACAUGGAGAAUGCACGGGUUUCUUCUCAAAAUGACGAUCCUGACCUGGCGCUUGACCGGGCUACUCCCAUGCCACAAAUUAAGAAAGGCAAAGCUCAAGAGGGAUUUUCUAGUCGCCAUGGCAGAGGGGUUAUUUUGUCGCCAUCAACAGAGGGCGCGUAG